UUACCCCGCCUUUACGGUCAAAGUGCGAAUGUCGUGUAUUCGUCGGACGAUUGUCGUAUUGUCGUUAGGUGAUCGAUGACCGUGAGACGCGUUUAGUCUCCUCCGUAGCCGCGCUCUCUUAUCCAACUCCGACGAAGACAGCCUUCUAUACCAGUGCGUAUAAAGGUUGCUUCUGUAAAAAGUGAACGCAACGAUCCGCAACGCACCACGCGCGUCCUAUCAUUCUCUUUCUCAGGAUACCAUAACCUGUCCGAGUUCUCUCGCCUAUCUCCACGCUCGCUUUUCCCUCUACAUACAUAUCUCCUUCCUCGAUCUCUUUGUCUUUUUGCGCGUGCAAGACAUCACAAUGACGAGGCUGUUUUACAUCCUUUUCAUCAUCCUGGUCUGCAUCGGUGGCAUCUUCGGAAACAAGUCUAAAUGUAUGAUACAACCUGCUGAGAAUGUACCAAAAUCAUGGAAAGACAUGACUAGUCCAUGUAUAAAGCUCAUGAAAUCUCAAGUUACAACCGAAAUGAAAGCCGCCAUGACAUAUCUUGCGAUGGGUGCUCACUUUGCACGUGAUACUAUAAAUCGUCCAGGCUUUAGCAAAUUCUUUUUCGAAAGCGCGAGCGAAGAGAGAGAACAUGCGAUAAAGAUCAUCGAAUAUUUGCUAAUGCGUGGACAACUUACAAAAGAACUUAGCAAACUUCUCACGUAUCCUUUAACCAACAAGACAAAUCCAAUACGCCAAGAAUGGGAGAGUGGAGAAGAAGCUCUCAUUGAAGCUUUGGAAUUGGAGGCUCAUGUUACACGCAGUAUUCGUGAGAUAAUCAUAACUUGCGAAACUCCAAAAACAUCUUCUUUCAACGAUUAUCACUUGGUGGACUACCUCACUAGCGAUUUCUUGGAUGAACAAUAUAAAGGACAACGUGAUCUCGCUGGCAAAAUCUCAACAUUAGGCAAAAUGAUGAAAACGCAUGGACCUUUGGGAGAAUUUUUAUUUGAUAAGAAAUUGCUGCAUGGUGAAGUCUAAAAUGUUUCAUCAAUGUCAAAAUUUCCAAAUUCAGAUCGAAAGAGAGAGAGGGGGGAGGGGGCGAGGGGGGGAAGGAGUUUUCUUUUUUAUAAAUACGUUUAUAAAAUUAUAAUGGCCAUAUUUAGAAUACAUUGUGUAAUUGAGAUUGUCAUUAUUAGAUCGCGCAUUUUUGUUUAUAUUGUAAUGUAGAACAUGAGAGAUAAUUUAAUUUUUGUUCUCUGAGCAUAUUUCUAAAUAUGGCCUGUAAUAUAAGAAUAUGCGAAGCAUAAUGUUUCCAAUGUUUGUUAUCCAUAUAAUAAGUAUAUUAUCCUUGAUAAAAUAAAUAAACAUUAUUUUGAAAUGCA